UCAAAUGGCUCGAGCUGCUGAGAAGCUCGCCCAGACGAGUAGCAUUUUGUCAUGUUUUAGGUUUUCCUAGAUCGGGGCAGGCGGUCGGGAGAAAUGGCGUGGCAGAAGGCGCUCUCCAACUGGGAGAGGCUUGUGGAUGCAGCGCUCCGGCGCGAGCAGCUGCGAGGAACAUCAGGUCUAGCGAGCGAGGGAUCGGGCAUCGGUGCCACCAGCGAUGCGGUGCCGCCAUCGCUGCUGCGGGAGACCAACAUCGAGACAAUAUUACAGGCUGCCGACGAGAUCCAAGCUGACAAUCCCAGCGUCUCUAGAAUCUUGUGUGAGUAUGCUUACACUCUAGCUCAGAACCUGGACCCCAAGAGCGAAGGGAGAGGAGUCCUCCAGUUCAAGACGGGGCUAAAGUCGGUUAUCAAGCAAAAACUGUCGAGAAGAGAGGGAGAAAGGAUCGAUCGCAGUCAGGAUAUCUCUUUGCUUUGGGAAUACUACAAGUACUACCGGCAGAAGCACAACGUUGAUGAGCUAAAAGAGCAGGGAAGACAAUGGAGAGCAGCUGGGGACAUAGAUGCUCAACCGGGAGAAUUGAAGAUCCAGACCGAAAGAUCUAAAAGGGUCUUCGAAACUUUAAGAGUUUUGAAAGAGGUGCUCGAGGCUCUCACACAGGCAUCGCCAGAAGCAGCAGCCAAUAUCUCGGAGGAGAUGAAAAGAAUGAUGGAGUCGGAUGCUGCAAAAGUGGAAGAAUUUAAGCCUUACAACAUUCUUCCUUUGGAGGCUCCUGGAGUAGCAGACGCAAUCAUAUUACUUCCAGAGGUAAGGGGAGCGAUUUCGGCGGUGGAAUACACUAGCGACCUUCCUCAGCUACCUCAAAAUUACUCCAAACCAAAGCACAGGCCUAUCGAUAUUUUUGAUUUGCUGCACUUCAUCUUCGGAUUUCAGACGGACAAUGUAAUCAACCAACGGGAGCAUCUCCUUCUUUUGCUUGCCAACAGUCAAUCAAAAUUAGAGGUCUUACACGACAAGGAUACACAAUUAGAUGAAGAGGCGGUCACCCGUGUUUUUGAUAGAACCCUGGCAAAUUACAACAGAUGGUGCUCUUUUGUUAGAGCAAGGCCAGUCACUGCGAGAGCUCACAAUAGGCAAAGAAAGGUGCUCUUGGUAUCCUUGUAUUUUCUUAUUUGGGGCGAAGCGGCCAACUUGAGGUUUUUACCCGAAUGCCUUUGCUACAUUUUUCACAUGAUGACUGAAGAGCUUUACACGAUAUUGGAUGGUCAACUUGCACAAAGAUCAAAAAUGUUGACAAACGAUUCGGAAUACGGGUUCCUUCACAGCGUCGUUUCACCAAUUUAUGAAUUGCUUUCGGCGGAAGCAGCGAACACGAACGAUGGCAAAGCUUCUCAUGCUGCAAGUAGAAACUAUGACGACUUUAAUGAGUACUUCUGGUCGCAUAAGUGUUUUGAGCUUCAUUGGCCAUGGAAAAGAAACGGGUCAUUCUUCUUGCGACCGAAACCGAAGAAAAGGAAUACUAAUCCCGAUCUACAAUAUCGAAAAGGUAGAUACGGAGGGAAAGUGCUGUUUGUGGAACAUCGGACAUUUAUACAUAUGUAUCACAGCUUUCACCGUCUAUGGAUAUUUCUGGUUCUAAUGCUUCAGGCCUUGACAAUCUUCGCAUUUCACGAAAAUCUUCAUCUCGUCACGAUAAAGAGGCUACUCAGCCUUGGCCCCACAUAUGUGGUGAUGAAAUUUGCACAAUGUGUAUUUGAUGUUAUAUUGUUGUACGGAGCAUACUCAAGCACCAGCAGAUCGGUUCUUCUAAGAAUACUCUUUCGAUUCUUGUUCUUCGGCGCGUCAGCUGCUCUUCUUACGAUACUUUACGUCCAAGUUCUCAACGAAACGAGCCAGGGUGUAUCAGACUCCUCAUAUUUUAAAAUCUACCUUCUCAUAAUUGGUGUUUACGCGGCCUUUCACUUUUUUAUCAGUGUCAUCAUGCGCUUGCCUUUCUGCUAUCGUGCCGUUUCUGGCCUUGGAGAAGGAGGAUUUGUUCAUUUCAUUAAGUGGGUCCAUCAGGAGCGUUACUACGUCGGCCGUGGGCUAUAUGAAUCAGCCGCUGACUUCCUUAGAUACUUCGUCUUUUGGAUUGUUGUUCUCGGAGCAAAGUUUUCCUUCGCGUAUUUCCUACUGAUACGUCCGCUAGUAAGACCAUCACGAGCUAUAGUUGAUGUCAGAACCAUCACUUACGACUGGCACGAUUUCGUUUCAAAGGGAAAUCACAAUGCUCUGACCCUCGUUUCACUUUGGGCUCCUGUAAUACUGAUUUACUUUUUGGAUACACAAAUAUGGUAUACGGUGUUGUCUGCGCUCGUAGGUGGCCUUAGUGGUGCAAAAGACCGUCUUGGAGAAAUUCGUUCCAUUACUAUGUUGCGUAGACGCUUUGAAAGUUUUCCACGAGCUUUUGUAGAAACACUAGUUUCCUCAAAACUGAAAGAAACAGUUCCAACUAUUCCCCCGAGCAUGAACUUGACAAAUGAUGAUCUUGGAAAUAAAGUCAAUGCAGCAAAGUUUGCUCCGUUUUGGAAUGAGUUUAUACUCAGCCUUCGGGAAGAGGACUAUAUUAGUGACAGGGAGAAAGACUUGCUUUUGAUGCCGGGAAAUAACAGCAUUCUGCCUCUAGUACAGUGGCCGCUUUUUCUCCUCGCUAGUAAGGUCUAUAUUGCUAUCGGUAUGGCCGAGGAUCACAAAGGCAACCAGGACGAGCUCCUCGAGAGGAUAAGAAGAGAAGAGUACUUGUAUUUUGCCAUUGAAGAGAUCUAUCACAGCGUACAAUGGCUUUUAAAAAGAUUGCUGCAUGAUGAGGCUAAGACUUGGAUAAGGACUAUAUUUCAAGAUAUUGAUAGUAUCAUCAACGAGGGACACUUUGUUGCACAUUUUAAUCUUCAAAGGUUGCAUGAUAUACUGGGUAAAGUGACAACGCUUACGGCCGUUCUGAUUCGAGAUCAAAGUCCAGAGAAUCUCAAAUCCGCUGUAAAAGCGUUGCAAGAUUUGUACGAAACUGUGAUGCGUGAAUUUUUAUCUGUUGAGCUAAGGGAGAAAUAUGAGGGAUGGGGAGCAUUGGUACAAGCAUUACGUGAAGACAGGCUCUUUGGAAGAAUAUCCUGGCCUCGUCAGGGCGAAGAGCGAGAUCAAGUAAAGAGGCUUCACAGCUUACUCUCCCUGAAGGAGUCUGCUGUGAACAUUCCUCGCAAUUUGGAGGCUCGUCGUCGUCUUCAGUUUUUCACCAACUCCUUGUUUAUGAAUAUGCCAGCACCGUUACCAGUUCAGAAAAUGCUCUCGUUCAGCGUUUUCACACCUUACUACAGUGAGGACGUGAUGUAUAGCAAAGAUCAACUUCGGAAAGACAAUGAAGACGGUAUCAGCAUUCUUUUCUAUCUGCAAAAGAUCUUUCCAGAUGAGUGGCGUAAUUUCCUGGAACGGAUAAAAAUCACUGAGGCCGAGCUCGAGCGGCAAUUAAACAACAAAUCUCUUGAUCUCAUUGAGCUCCGUCUCUGGGCAUCUUACCGAGGGCAGACUCUUGCUCGAACAGUUAGAGGAAUGAUGUACUACCGUAGAGCAUUGAUACUUCAAAGCUUCCUCGAACAAUCUGACAUAGGAGAUGUGGAGGAUGGACUAUCUCGUAAUCACCAAGAUUACUUGCUAUCUCGUGGAGCUCGAGCUCAAUCCGACUUGAAAUUUACUUAUGUUGUUACUUGUCAAAUUUAUGGCGAGCAAAAGCACAAGCGAGAUCAACGAGCUACAGACAUCAAUUACUUGAUGCAGAAAAACGAAGCCUUGAGGAUUGCAUACAUUGACGUUGUAGAAACUUUAAGAGAAGGGAAAAUCGAUAAAGAAUACUAUUCUAAACUUAUCAAAACGGAUGCAAGUGGCAAGGACCAGGAUAUCUACACUAUCAAAUUACCGGGAAAUCCAAAACUUGGAGAAGGCAAGCCUGAAAAUCAAAAUCAUGCGAUUAUUUUUACCCGUGGAGAUGCAAUACAAACCAUAGAUAUGAACCAGGACAACUAUUUCGAAGAGGCCCUUAAAAUGCGAAACCUGCUUCAAGAGUUUGACUCGAACCACGGUUUGCGUCCCCCGUCGAUCUUGGGUGUUCGUGAACAUGUUUUUACUGGAAGUGUAUCUUCUUUGGCUUGGUUUAUGUCAAGCCAGGAAACUAGUUUUGUUACGUUGGGGCAAAGAGUUCUUGCAAAGCCUCUGAAGGUGAGAAUGCAUUACGGUCAUCCAGAUGUUUUCGAUAGAAUCUUCCAUAUAACAAGGGGGGGCAUUAGUAAAGCCUCUCGGGUCAUAAACAUUAGUGAGGAUAUAUUUGCAGGCUUCAACUCAACUCUGCGGCGUGGUAAUAUUACACAUCACGAGUACAUCCAGGUGGGGAAAGGAAGGGAUGUUGGUCUCAACCAGAUUGCACUCUUUGAGGCUAAAGUCUCCAGCGGGAACGGGGAGCAAAUGCUUAGCAGGGAUGUAUACCGUUUGGGUCAGCUUUUUGAUUUUUUCAGAAUGUUGUCGUUCUUUUAUACGACUGUGGGUUACUACAUUUGCACAAUGUUUACUGUAUGGACAGUUUACGCCUUCCUCUAUGGAAAAAUAUAUCUGUCUUUAUCUGGUGUCGAAGCGAGCUUGAGGAAUACAGCGGACGUUUUGGAUAACACGGCCCUUGAGAGUGCUCUGAAUGCUCAAUUUCUUUUCCAAAUCGGUUUUCUUACGGCAGUACCUAUGAUUAUGGGGCUUGUAUUAGAACAGGGGGUGCUUAAGGCAAUCAUCAGUUUUAUCACAAUGCAAUUGCAACUGUGCUCCGUGUUCUUUACGUUUUCUCUCGGAACGAAAAGUCAUUAUUUUGGUAGAACAAUUCUGCAUGGCGGUGCCAAGUAUCGGGCUACCGGAAGAGGUUUUGUGGUUCGGCACAUUCCAUUCGCUGAAAACUAUCGGCUUUAUUCUCGCAGUCAUUUUGUAAAAGGCCUGGAAGUCGUUAUGCUUUUGAUCGUAUACAUGGCUUAUGGUGUUUCAAGUGGAACCAGCUACUUUCUCUUGUCGUUUAGCAGUUGGUUUCUGGCCAUUUCGUGGAUGUAUGCUCCCUACUUGUUCAAUCCGUCCGGCUUCGAAUGGCAAAAGACUGUGGACGACUUCGAUGACUGGACGAACUGGCUUUUGUAUAAAGGUGGAGUCGGAGUGAAAGGAGAAGAGAGCUGGGAAGCAUGGUGGGAUGAAGAGCAAGAGCACAUUCGCACGUUCAGAUCCAGGAUCUUGGAAACAAUCCUCAGCUUGCGUUUCUUCAUUUUCCAGUACGGUGUCGUCUAUAAGCUCCAUGUUACCGGAACUAGCACGUCCUUGACGGCUUAUGGCGUCUCUUGGGUGGUGUUUGCGGCAUUCAUACUCUUGUUCAAGAUUUUCAGCUUGAGCCAGAAGACAGCAACAAACAUCCAGUUGUUUCUCCGGCUAAUGCAAGGCGUGAUUUUCAUCCUUCUCCUCGGCGGCUUAAUCGCCGCUAUCGUCGCGUCGACGCUUACAGUGGGAGACAUCUUUGCUUCCGCCUUGGCCCUCCUUCCAACCGGAUGGGGAAUCCUCUCGAUUGCUAUUGCCUGGAGACCGGUCAUCAAGUUCCUGGGCCUGUGGAAAUCGAUGCGUUCUUUGGCUCGUCUCUACGACGCUGGGAUGGGAACCGUGAUCUUCGUCCCUGUCGCCAUUCUCUCGUGGUUCCCGUUCGUGUCUACCUUCCAGAGCCGGCUCCUCUUCAACCAAGCUUUCAGUCGGGGCCUGGAAAUCUCUUUGAUCCUUGCCGGCAACCGCCCCAACACAUCGACGUAGAGCGCUGCCAUUCUUUUCUUUUUGUUUCUGGGUUUUGUAACAACAGAUAAUCGCGAUAGGAAAAUUUAAAUUCAAAACAACGAAUAUGCCAAAUCGAAUAUGCCGCAGUAAGGUAUAUUCUAGAAUAAGUCCAA